AUGUUUAACACUUUAACAUUCCAUUUAGGUGUGUCACAGGGAAAAAUGCUUUAUCCUUUUGAACAAGUACUCGUUAUGCGAGAUGCUAUUUCAUUCGAGCAAUUUUCUUCGGAAGGUCGUCCUGGAAAAGAUUGCUAUGGACAUUUUGGUGGAGCAGUUUUAUUCGAUUUGUUUAAUCGACAAUUCCCUGAAUGUAUUAUGAUUGAUUAUUUACACACUACACUGCUCAGACAAACGAAAACAAUGUUGAUGCAUUUAUCAAAUAAUUUACGUCCAACAGAACGUGUGUUACUUGAUGCACAAUUAACAGAACAAAAGUUUCCACAUUUUUUUAAUAGAACAGUGCGGGGAAUCAGUCAAUUGGCACAUGUAAAAGGAACUGAACUACGUAAUCUAUUAUUAUAUAGUAUUAUUCCAACAUUUAUAUCAUUUUUCAGUCCUAAUCUUAUUUAUUUUAUCGCUUUGUUUUCUUGUGGUGUUUGUUUAUUACAUGGUCCUCCUCUCGAAAAUAUUUCGACGAGUUCGCGAAGUAGAUUAUCCUCGAUAUUGAUGAAAGAGUAUAUGAGUACGUCGAAGAAAAAAGAUUUUUAA